GAGCGUUGCUAGAGCGCGGUUGUGGAGCAGAGGCUACCGUCGGCAGAGUGUGUCGCGGCUGAGCACUUGGAUUCGGCUCCUUCAUUUCCAACAUGGAAGAAACUUACCUCGAUUCACUGGACCCUGAAAAGCUAAUACAAUGCCCCUAUGAUAAAAACCACCAGAUCAGGGCCUGCAGGUUUCCUUAUCAUCUUAUCAAGUGCAGAAAGAAUCAUCCUGAUGUUGCAAAUAAAUUGGCUACUUGUCCUUUCAAUGCGCGCCACCAGGUUCCUCGGGCUGAAAUCAGUCAUCAUAUCUCAAGCUGUGAUGAUAAAAGUUGUAUAGAGCAAGAUGUUGUCAACCAAACCAGGAACCUUGGACAAGAGACUCUGACUGAGAGCACAUGGCAGUGCCCUCCUUGUGAUGAAGACUGGGAUAAAGAUUUGUGGGAACAGACCAGCACCCCAUUUGUCUGGGGCACAGCCAACUACUGUGGCAAAAACAGCCCUGCAAGCAACAUAGUCAUGGAACAUAAGAGUAAUCUGGCUUCAGGCAUGCGCGUUCCCAAGUCUCUGCCAUAUGUUCUGCCAUGGAAAAACAAUGCCUGACCCCAGAAGACUCUUGUUUCUUCCUGCGACCAGUGGGUUCUUCAUUUUACUUCUAAUUAUAGAAAGAUAAACUGUCUGUGACUUUCAAACUGACAAGUACCUUUUUAUUCUCGCCCAUUUUGAGUCCUCAUUUGACGCAAGAAAGAACCCUCAUACUUAGAAGAACUGUUUCAAAUAAAGCAUUGAUGUAAAUAGCUUCCCCAAGAUAUAUUACAUCCCACUCCACAUUAAUGAAACAUAAUUAUUUAAAGUAAUCUUAAAGAGUCCAGCUAAACAAAGCAGUCAAGAAAUUUGGGUUGGAAAAAGUAACUGUGUAUUUGUGUUCUCUAACACACAUGGACCAAAUUCUUUUAAGCAUUAGUAGGAAUGGGCCUUUUCUGAUUGAUGCGUCUGUUUAUCCAGAGUCUCCAAGAUAUUGAUAGCAUUUAUAUAGCAAAAUACCCCAUUCCUGUUUAGAAUCUUAAGGAUAUCUUGCUCCCUGAAUAUUUCCAACCUAGGGUAGGUUUCUUUUAUUUAUUUUAUCUCUCCCACACUCCAGCUAGAAAUUAUACUAGCUAUCAAACUAGGUGUGGAUUAUGUAGGAGUGAAGAUUGGCAAGGAGGGGAGGAACCAGUAUACAUGUGGAAAAGAGAUAGGCUUUCCACCUGUGUAUGCAAUUUGAUUAAGCUGCAAAGCUUCAAUGUGUGAGGGCCCUGCUGACUACCAUGGGAUAUGUGUAUAAUAAGUUAGAUUUUGAAACAUCUAAAGCCCUUGCUAUCCUAGCAUCUUUUUGGCCCUUACAAGGAGACUUCAUAAUCUUCCCCAGACCAGUUUUGUGUGUGUGUGGAUUAUUUUUUGUGUGGUGGUUUUCCAGUUUGGUUUGGUUUGAUUUUAAAACUGGCAUGGGGAACGAUUUGGAAUCUGGUAUAGAUAGGAAUUUGGAUGAAGCAUGCUGACAAAUAAUUCCAAAAAUGAUCUCUCUAACAUUGUUUGUGGGUAACAGAUAAGGUGGAGUGGGGUUUUGUGAAAUGCCUCCAUCCAUGAGUUUUACACAAAACAGGAUUCCCUGAUGAAGCAGGCUAUCUGUUUAUUUAGUUCCAAUCUCUUAAAAUAGGUUCAAGAUAAGCCCCAGUACAAUAGUAUUUCUGCUGCUUAGCUGUGUAAUCUUAAGUGAAUAACGAGACCGUUUCUUCUGGAGAGGGUGGUAACGUAUUGAGGAGGGGGAAGAAAUACCCUUUAUGCCCCUGAUUCUGGUCACUUAUGUUUGUGUAUCAACACCUCACAAAAAUUUUAUUUAAAUCGUCUUAUUAUUGGAAAAUACAAAACCCCUUUGAGUUCAUUUGUUUGGGUGAUGACAGAAGAAAACUAUCAUCUGGUAUGGUACGCAUAUAAGCCAGAACCCCUACCUAGUUUAGGAAAAACAAGCAGGGGCAUGAGUCUCAUUACAAAGAAUUAGCUGCAUGAAUACAACUUAUCAAAGGAAUUAAACAAUAUUUUUUUAAAUGUGUUU